AUGGCGCCCACUGAGAUUCCGCCGCCCCUCGAGGGCAAGAAGAGGCGCAUUGGAGUCAUGACGAGUGGAGGAGACGCGCCCGGCAUGAACGGCGCAGUGCGAGCCGUCGUUCGCAUGGCUAUCCACAACAACUGCGAGGCCUACGCCAUAUACGAGGGCUACGACGGCCUGGUAAAGGGUGGUGACAUGAUCAAGGAGAUGAAGUGGGAGGACGUCAGAGGCUUCUUGUCAGAGGGCGGCACACUUAUCGGCACAGCGCGAUGCAUGGAGUUCAUGCAGCGCGAAGGGCGCCGAACAGCCGCAAAAAACCUCAUCCUCAAGGGCAUUGACGCAAUCAUCAUCUGCGGUGGUGACGGCUCUCUCACAGGUGCAGACAAGUUCCGCGCCGAGUGGCCGGAGCUGCUGAAUGAGCUGGUUCAAGAAAAGCAGCUCACACAGGAGCAAAUUGAGCCCUUCAAGCACCUCAACAUCGUCGGCUUGGUCGGCUCGAUUGACAACGACCUGUCCAUGACCGACGCCACAAUUGGAUGCUACACGUCACUUGCCCGCAUCUGCGAAGCCAUCGACUCGGUCGACACCACCGCCGUAAGCCAUCAGCGAGCAUUCGUCAUCGAAGUCAUGGGCCGGCAUUGCGGAUGGCUCGCCCUUAGCGCCGGUGUUGCCACGGGAGCAGACUUUGUCUUUACACCUGAGAACCCACCAAACGAAGGCUGGGAAAAGGAGAUGUGCCGACAGAUCAAGAAGCACAGGUCACUGGGAAAGCGGAAGACUAUUGUCGUUGUCGCUGAAGGAGCCAUCGAUCGUAACCUGAAGAAGAUUACAUCACAGCAGGUCAAAGACGUGCUUGCAGACGACGCAAAGCUCGACACGCGUGUGACGACGCUUGGACACGUCCAACGUGGAGGCACACCGUGUGCUUAUGAUCGUAUGCUUGCCACACUCCAAGGAGUGGAGGCCGUCAAGGCAGUUUUGGACGCUAGCCCCGAUGUUCCCAGCCCGGUCAUUUGUAUGCAAGAGAACAAGAUUGUCCGGCGUCCCCUCCUCGAGGCCGUUGCACAAACCAAGGAGGUCGCUGUAGCUAUCCAGAACAAGGACUUCCACCGGGCGAUGGAGCUCCGUGAUACCGAGUUUGAGCAGCAGUACCAGGCUUACCAAAUCACCACAGCUGCCGACCAGCCAGAGCUGCUAUUACCUGAGGAUAAGCGCCUGCGCGUCGGUAUCAUUCACGUUGGCGCUCCAGCUGGAGGGAUGAACGCAGCGACCCGUGCUGCCGUAGCGCACUGUCUUGCUCGUGGCCACACACCAAUUGCACUUCACAACGGUUUCCCCGGCAUAAUCCGCCACCACUCGGAUGAGCCAGUCGGUGCGGUCCGAGACAUCAAGUGGAUCGACGCUGAGACUUGGUCGUCAAAGGGAGGUUCUGAGAUUGGUACCAACCGUGGACUUCCCAGCGAGGACCUCGAGACUGUUGCGUUUGUCUUCAAGAAGUACAACAUCCAGGCCUUGUUUGUUGUUGGUGGAUUCGAGGCGUUCACAGCAGUUUCGGAACUGAGAAAAGCACGCGAACACUACAAAGCUUUCAAGAUCCCAAUGGUCAUCCUCCCGGCUACAAUUUCGAACAACGUGCCUGGAACCGAGUACUCGAUUGGCUCAGAUACGUGCUUGAACGCACUCAUUCAGUACUCUGACGCCUGCCGCCAAUCCGCAUCGGCGUCCCGUCGUCGUGUCUUUGUAAUUGAGACUCAAGGUGGCGAGUCGGGUUACAUUGCGACUGUUGCCGGUCUCAGUAUCGGAGCUCUGGCUGUGUACACUCCAGAAGAUGGCAUUGACCUCAAGAUGCUGGACCGCGACAUUGACCACCUGCGCGAGGUGUUUGCCAAGGACAAGGGUAUCAGCAGGUCUGGUAAAGUCAUCUUGGUCAAUGAGAAGGCGUCAAAGACGUACUCGGUACAAAUCAUUGCACAGAUGAUUGCCGAUGCGGGCAAGGGCAAGUUUGAGUCACGCCACGGAGUCCCUGGUCACUUCCAGCAGGGCACCAUCCCCUCACCCAUGGACCGUGUCAGGGCGGUGAGGUUCGCUACCAAGGCCAUGCAGCAUCUCGAGAGCUUUGCCGGCAUGAGCCCAGAGGACAUUGAGGAAGACUCCAUGUCCGUCACUGUCAUUGGUAUCAAGGCGAGCAAGCUGCUCUUCUCCCCCAUGGAGUCGGUCGAGAAGAAGGAGACGGAGUGGCACCGACGACGUCCCAAGCACGAGUUCUGGAUGGCGCUCAAGGAGACGGUUGACACACUGUCUGGAAGGCCCCAGGCCCCAACCAACCCCACUGAUAUCGAUACCCUCGCCGGUCGCCCUGCUAAAUAG